GUUUCCGCGGCAGUGGCGGUCACCACGCGGCAGAUUACACAGAUUACAACCGAUUACAUUUGUACUCCACCACCGACAUUUCUUUUCGCGGGGCGACCACCGCACUCCCACCUUGUGUCUUCACCGUCGUCGCGCGACCCAAGCUGGAGUACGCGCUCGACCGUCUUGGUGAACCGUCUAGGUCGCGAGAGGCCGCGUUGUUGGUGCACGAAGAAACCGAGUGCCUCGACCAAAACCCAGAUGCGUUGAAGGAGAGAUCGUGUAUCGAUGCCUACGCUCAAUCAGAACGCGUGGACGACCGCGUCGAUGACGUCAACGGACUUUGUUGUCAUUGAAAAUUAAUAUUUUUCCGUGCUAUGUUCCCGAAGAUCCUGUACGUCGAUACGCGAACAUUGACAUGUUUGUAACCUGACGGUGAAAUAAACAUCCAAGUGUAUGAUGUCAUGAAGAAGAAUCUGAGUUUAGAACGAGACAAACGCAAUUCUGGAGAGUCUUUUAGAAUAUUAGCGAGACACACGACGAAAUUAGAAUAAUCGUUCGUAGAUAUUUGGCACGUAUCAUGACAGCGGAAGCUGUCAAUGUAAGGUUCAUCCACGACACAUCGGCUCUCGCAAAGAGAGUAUUAUACAGCGUAGAUUCUAUUCUGCGCGCUUCGUUCAAAUGUUUUUAUACAGAUCCGUUAAACGCUGUCUGAGAGAAAGGAUCAUAAAGUGUCACGAAAAGAGGAUUGCCGUAUGAGAAUAUCAGCAAGAGGAUCGGCAAGGAUGCGAAAGGUAUAAAAGUUAAGCAGGUAAGAAGAGUUGGGUCAUCAUGUUGAUACCUUAAGAACACUCUUCUGACUCUAAUGGGGGAAUCCGCUCGUGUCGGCUGGGUCAUUCCGCGGCGAUGCGGCGGAUUCCAAGAAUAACGGAGCGCGAAACUUAUUAAGGUGGCGGGCUGUGCGCGCCUUGGAGAGUCUCCUCGACGUUAGCGGGUUUCGUUCAGGAAUUCGUUCGCGAUGUGACUGAUCGCCACUUGAAAAUGCCCUGCGGCUCGGUCGCGCCAACGUAUCACAUCUAUCGUCCAUUAACGGACGUCCGUGAGAAGCUAAUGCAACGACUGUUAGCUGACACUUUAAGGUGCGACGCUACUUAUUCGGAGUUUCGUUAGGAAUCGCAGUGUAACGGACAUUGGGCACACUAUCCAACAUGGAAUUAAGAAAGCGACCGACCGAUCUUCUUAUUUGCAUCUUCGGAUGACUGUCACGUUUAGUUUGAUAGAUUAGUAAGUCGUAUUUUGAGAUUGAGACGCGAGAACUUGAGACACAGGUUAGGUCCGGCAUGAGUAACGGCGAAGGCGUGGUGACGGGCCCAGGUUCUGGCAGCGAUCGCCUAUGCGAGGACGUCGACAUGGCUACUCCGACGUCAGCAUCUUCGAAUCUGAAGCCGCGAAGCGGCAAGAUCAGCUUCAGCGUCGACGCCUUGCUGAGCGGCACGAAGAAAAGUGCCAUCAGCGGCGGCACCUUCGCGUCCAGGCGAGACAACGAUGACAGAAUGGACGCCGAAAAGAAUAUCGAGAUGGAGGCGAGGUAUCGAGAGCUUCUGAUUGAGCAGCAGAGACUUCAGAGUCGAGAACUACUCGCCAGAUUGAGUCCUCACGGUCUCGCCGGCUUCGGCAAUCAUCACCAUCAUCAUCACCCGAACAGAUUGGAGCAAGAUCACCCGCCUGCUCGACAGGAAAUGCUUACGGUGAAGGAUUUUUCUAGGACGAGCCACGACAAGUCGUCGUCGCCUAUCAGAAUAGACCAGGAAAUGCCAAGAGACCGACUGACGACCAAUUCGCCGAGCGAAACGAUGAUCCAACGAGAACAGGAGCGUAUACAGGAGGACGACGAAAGGAUCGACAGGAUCACCAAUCCUAGAUCCAUCUCGCCCGCGAGCAGACGAGAGAUCCUCGACGAUCGUAGCGAUUCCGAGGCGAAUCGCUCGCUGGAGGGAGACCGCACGACGGAUCAUCUAGAUCUCGAGGACCACGAGAUAAGAAGCGUCGGCCAGUCCGAGGAUCUAAAUGUGAUGGACUCGGACUGCGAGCUGGAGAGGGACCUGGAGAGCAGCCAGGAGAAGGAGGAGAAAUCCAGCCCGGUAGUGCCUCAGCCGAUUCAUCCCGGAGUGCAAAGGCCCUCGCAGGGCCCGCCGUAUCUCGCCGGGGCACCCGGCGCUCCCGGCUGGAACCCCGCGGGAUUUCCGCAUUCUCUGGCGGGGUUCGCGUGGCUGCCCCCACCUCCGCAUCCGCACAAUCCUCAUGGACAUCUUUACACGCCGCACGGCGGGCCCACCAGUCCAAACGGAGACUUGAGAUUACCGGGACCCGGACCAGGCCCGGUCAGAUGCACCCUCCGAAAGCAUAAGCCGAACCGGAAGCCGAGAACGCCGUUCACGACGCAGCAGCUGUUAUCGCUCGAGAAAAAGUUUCGCGAAAAACAGUACCUAACGAUAGCCGAAAGAGCGGAGUUCUCGUCGUCUCUUCACCUCACGGAAACGCAGGUGAAGAUCUGGUUUCAAAACCGACGAGCCAAGGCGAAGCGGCUUCAGGAGGCGGAAAUAGAGAAGUUAAGACUAUCCGCGAGGCCCCUGCUGCACCCCAGUUUCGGAUCGGGGCUAAUGUUCUCCGGGGUGGGCCCGCCCGGUACCCCAGGAGUGCCUCCCUUCAUUGCAGCUGCCAUGGCGAGGCACACCCAUGCCGCGGCUACGGCGGCGGCCAUGUUUAUGGGGCCGCCUGGGCACCGACCUUAAUAAUGGCAUACCAAGAUGUAAUACGCGUGUAAUUCGAAAUCAUUCUUGAUGUCAUCGUCUGAAGAUCCUGUUUGCUUACAAAUUGGGGAUCCGAUGAAUCGCAGAAUCUAUGAAUUGUCAAGAAUUCAUGGAUACUGAAACCUGUGCGUAUAUUCGAGAAUCCGAGAGAGAAUCCAAACUCCGGACGAUACUCGCGCAUUAAUCUGAAGAGGCCAUUACGAAGAACGAUCUGACAAUUAGGAACUGGAGAAAGCGAGGAUCUACGAAGCUAUAGUGAUCGAAAAACCUAAGAGCUCGAAGAUCUAAAAGCUAAAGAGAAAAAUUGCGAAUCGGAGAUUCAAGGGAUUAAGAGCUAAAAAUUUUAGAGCUCAAGAUUCCGGAGAAAUCGAAAGAUCAAAAGAAGCCUAAUAAAAUAAUCAGCAAUAAAUUCGCAAAACGGAUUUUAAGUGAUCUUUCUUUCACGCGAAGAGGGAGAAUUGCCUGAAAGUUCUCGACCGCUCUUAUUUAUUAGUUCACCUUCCGCCCGAGUUUAAUUGUCCAAUCUUCUACCGGUACCGAGGAUAUUGGGAUCCACCACUUAGCGUUGGAAGUCAAAAUUGGCUAGGAGCGGGCUACGCAAUGGCCGAUACUCGCACGUUAAUCCGGACGUUCUUAUCUCCAGAGAGGUACAGAUAAUCUGAGUUUCAAUACGUUAAGUCCGAGGCUCGGUCGGUUCGGGAGGACCUGUAGCUCGAAGAAGCAUCGUCGCGAUAAUUUUCUCGGGACGAUGAAGUACGAUGUAUAUCGGCGCGAAACUUUGAUCUCAAGAGAAAGCACGAGUGUACAUAGUGUAAAUAGAUACGCGUUCGUACGGUAACUAUGGGUGUACGUAUGUAUAUACACACGUGUACAGGACGCUUCGAUUACCCUCCAAGAAGAGGAACCGCGAGGAACGAGCGUUCGAGAGUUAGCGAUUUGAACCGCGCUGGACCCUAGCAAACGUUCGUUUCACGGAUGUGUUUUUAAUGUGGACCGGUCGAGAGAGAGAAUGCAGCGACGUGAAUGUGCGAGGUACGUUUAAACAAUUCCGAGUCUGAGAGCAUUAAAAGAGAAAGGGUCAACCAAGCGUCGAAACCAAAUGUAACAGUCGUUCCCCGAAAGUAAUUCCUUAUAUUAAAAAAAAUGAAUUUAUUCAUUUAUAUCUAGAGAAAUUUUUUUUUCUAUAAGUGUCAAUCAUGAAAUUUUUAAGAGUUGCAUUAGGGACAUCGGUAAUGUUUUUGAUAGCUGCCACAAAUAAAGGACCAUUUAUUCCUAAUCGGCAAGUGCACAGUUCAUAGCUCACCUAAUCUCAAUAUCUUUCAGACUUGUUGAAUUUUUUUUUCUAUGCAAGAAGACAAGAAGGCAAGUGCAAGGCAAGUGUAAAUUAUAUAUAAACUUGUGUCGAUUGUGAAUCGAGGGAGACGGAAUCGAUCAUAGACAGUAAAAAAAAAAGCUAACGUUACGAAUGUGGCGUGGUUCUAGACGUACCUAUGCGCCUUGUAUAAAUGUAAGAUGAUAAUUUAUCCAUGGAAGUACAUUAUAGCGAAAUAAAAGAUUUCAGUAUUUA